AUGGCAGUCCUCCAUUAUGACGGGUCCUUGACAUCAGAUAGGGCUUCCUAUGGGGGUCUCAUCCGAAAUGCCAUGGGGGUUCCUAUUCUGGCUUAUGUUGGUAAGAGGGAGGAGGCCUCAAUCCUUAGUAUGGAGCUUUUAGCCAUCUAUAGAGGAAUAUCUCUGUGCUUGGAGAAAGAUAUUCAGAAUAUCUCGAUUAGGUUUGAUUCUAAGUUGGCAGUGGAUAUUCUUAAUGGCACGAUUACUUGUCCUUGGAGUGUGUAUGUAUUGAAGUGUCGGAUUACUGUUUUCUUGGACCAACUACCUCAUAAGGAAAUUAGGCAUGUUUGGAGGGAGCUGAAUCAACCGACAUAUUUUAUUGCUUCCAUUGAUAAUGGGGAUGGGGAAUCUAUUAUCUAUCCUCUGGAUUUUCCAGGAGAUCUGCUGGGAUUGAUACAGAACGAUGCGGUUAGGAAGACUCAUUUUAGACCUCCUUGA